CCCCGGAGCCCGAGAGGGCGCGAUCGAGGCUAUAACUCCGCGCACCGGCUCGGCGCGGGGCAGCGCAGCUCCGCACGGCUCGGUUCUGCACCUUCUGCCGCUGCGAGACGCGGACCUGCCCUCUCCUCAGGCUUGCACCGUCCCGCCGAGCGAAGGCUGUGCUGCCGAGGCCAGCGAGAGAGAGGGGCAGUGUGAGGAAGCAGGCAGGCAGGCAGGCAGGCAGGCGGGCGGUCGCGGCGUGCGGGCUGUUAGGAGGCGAGAGUAAAGUCAGGCGAAGAGAAGCGCGGCUGCCCUCCUGCUCCGCAUAAGUGAGGAGGCACCUCGGGGGGCAACAUGACGGCGUGGCUGAGCUUCCUCGUCGUGUUCCUCUGCAGCUGGAGCCUGCGGGACUUGGUGGUGGAGGCUUGCACUUGCGUCCCCAUCCACCCGCAGGACGCGUUCUGCAACUCCGACAUCGUGAUCCGAGCUAAAGUUGUGGGGAAGAAGCUUAUGAAAGAUGGACCAUUUGGAACGAUGCGAUACACAGUCAAGCAGAUGAAGAUGUACAGGGGCUUUCAGAUAAUGCCACAUGUUCAGUACAUCUACACAGAAGCCUCUGAGAGUCUUUGUGGAGUCAAGCUGGAAGUCAACAAGUACCAAUAUCUGAUUACAGGCCGUGUGUAUGAAGGGAAGGUUUACACUGGCCUGUGCAACUGGUACGAGAAAUGGGACCGGCUGACUCUGUCCCAGCGUAAAGGACUGAAUCAUCGUUAUCAUCUGGGCUGUGGAUGCAAGAUUAGGCCCUGCUACUAUUUGCCCUGCUUUGCCACCUCCAAGAAUGAGUGCAUUUGGACAGACAUGCUCUCCAACUUCGGCCACUCGGGAUACCAAGCGAAGCACUAUGCCUGCAUCCAGAGGGUGGAAGGUUACUGCAGCUGGUACAGAGGAUGGGCACCUCCAGAUAAAACGAUAAUCAAUGCCACAGAUCCCUGAGCACGCUAUCCCUUCCUUAUCUCCCCUCUCCCUUACUUGUGGCUGAUCUUUUGGACACUAACUCUUACCAGAUCAUGAUGAUGACAAUGAAAUUAGUGCCUGUUUUCAUGCAAAUUUUAGCACUUCGAACACUUAAAAAAGAAAAGGAAAAAAAAAAAAGAAAAGAAAAAAUGUCUGUGCUACCUUACUGAAUUUGUAAUCACCUUUUCCAUUUUUUGAUACCACUCAUUUUGAUCAGAUGACAUUUGGGAGCUUACUUUUGCACACCAGAGGGAAAAUGGGAGGGGGAAAGAAAAAAAAAAAAAGAAAAAAGGAAAAAAAAAAAAAAAAGAAAAAAGCUGGAGCUCUUGCUCUCUUACAUGUAUCAUUAGCUGUAGCAAUAUAAUCUCUAUUUUUUUAGGAAAACAAAAAUC